AUGACUAAGCAGAGUGCCGUGUGCCGUUUCUUCGUCAGCGUCCUGAGGCAAUCCAGCCAAAUCCCUUCGCAGUUCGACGCGAAGUACGUUACAUCGAUGCCGAUUUCGCGAAUACUCGCCACACAAACGGUCGACCACCAGCGGGCUGUCAAAUGCGUCGAUGCUAUCUAUUAUGCCGGGACAAUGAGGCGGACCGCGAACCAUCGAGCCUCCAGGGACUGGACGCGCAAACUUUUAUCUGCACACCCUGAACAGAUCUUCAUUCAAAUAUUGACGUUAGACGGACACGAUUAUGAUACGAGGGGAUUUAGCGAACCGCAAACUUAUAUUGGCCGGGAGGACAACUCCCGAUGUCACUCCGGAUCAAACCCGUCUGCGGGAUACGUGCUCGUCAUUCCUUGUGAUAUUCACCACGGUCGA